CGUUAUAUAUUUCAUACUAUCCCGGUCCUUUCAUUUGAGAGGACACUGCAACAUCGGUAUUAAAGACAUCUUAAAUACAUUAGAGGGUUUUGAUAGCCUUGGAUAACUUUUCGAUUUCUCUUUCAUACAUUCAGUACGAAUAAACAAACUAGUAAGAAAUACCAUACCGCUUUAAUCUACUCUACUUUAAUCUACUCUCCCAGGUUCCCGAUCCAUUCUUCGUUCAAUUAGCGCCUAGUCGAAUGUGCAACUUGUGACUAGGCGACCCUUUUCAGAUAUCGCCCAUACCACUCCAGUGUUGACAAGGGGAAGUUUGUAGCGAGUUAUGGUAAAGAGCGGCGAAGUGUCUAUAAUUAUGCUCUUACCUCAUUGGUCAUUCGUCCCUAAAGCCUUUUCGGGGCUGUCUUACCGGCAGCUGUGUCUCUCUGAAAUAAUCGCCCGUGCACUGCAAGGGUCAAAAACAAAACCGCCACAAAAGCUGAACAGGACCAGAGGAGACAGAAACUAAAGAGGUACCAGCCGCCAUGUCUGUCUCCAAGAUCACGCCCACCCUGUUCCUGAGCAGCGCCGACGCGGCCCAGAACAGGGCCAUGGUCUCCCGCAAGGGCAUCACCCUGAUCGUCAACGCCACCCUGGCGCACACCUGCCCCAGCUACCGGGGGGUGGAGUGCCUGCGGGUGCCCGUCUCCGACCUCCCGAGCGCCCCCCUGGGCAGCCACUUCGAGAGGGUGGCGCAGCGCAUCCACAACAACCGGACGGGCAGCACGCUGGUGUACUGCGCGGCUGGCAUGAGCCGCUCGCCUGCGCUGGUCAUGGCCUACCUCAUGCGCUACAAGGGGACCACGCUGCGGGAGGCGCACCGCUGGGUGCAGGACAGCCGGCCCUACGUCCGCCCCAACGCCGGCUUCUGGCGCCAGCUGCUGGACUACGAGAAGCAGCUCUACGGCAAGAACACUGUUAAAGUGGCCCCCUCCCUCGAGCUCGACCCUGGCAGUCAGCCGAGCGCGUUGUCAAUCAACCGGUCGCUGGGUAGAGCCAGAUACUGCAUGUACCAGUGAUGGGGCCCCCUAUUCUACUUCCUGUUCUGGUUGUGAGGCCCCUGUUCUACUUCCUGUUCUGGUUAUGAGACCCCUUUGUACUUCCUGUAUUGGUGCUGAAGCCCCUGUUCUACUUCCUGUAUUGGUGCUGAAACCCCUGUUCUACUUCCUGUGCUGAGCAUGUGCGAGGAGAGCGGGAAAUUACACUCAUUCAAGGUUAAGGUUCAAGGUUGCCUGUUUCAUUUUUUAUUUGUAGACCAAGUUUUUUUUUUUCUGCUAACGAUCUAGCAUUGGACAUAGUUUUGAACUCUGAAUACUUUCAUAAGUUAUGUUAUUUAACAGGACGGUUUUCUCAGUUUGGCUCUGUUCCUCUGCAGUAUCAACCAGCCAAACAUUUUACUUUUUUUGUCAAAGUUCGGAUUGCUGCAGCAGUGUGUGUUCUUUGGUAUAUUCUAUGAUUAGCUUGUAGGGUUAGGGUUUAGUGAGUGUUAACUGGGUGAUUAAAAGUGUCCAUUCA